CGAUCUCACUCUGCACAGCCUUUAAAAGCCCACCCCGUCUCUCCCUUCUCCCUCACAAUCCACCGCCGUAGCAACACUUUCUCACCGACGACGAUCGAGCAGCCAGUGUUGAGGCUUGAGAGCAGGGAGAUUGAUGGAGAUGACGGUUAACGGGAGGGACACAGAGCAGUACCACCACCACCUCGGGCUCGGUCUCGGACUCAGUCUUGGCAUGUCUCCGGUCGAGCCGGCGGCACCCCAGCGUGCUCCGACCGGGCAGCAGCAGUGCUGGAACGGUUUCCCAGCUUCCUCCGGCGAGCAGCGCACGCAUGCAGAUGACAGCAGGCUGGCGGCGCUGGCCUGCCACGAGAUGCCGUUCCUGCGCGGGAUCGACGUGAACCGGGCGCCGACCGCGAGGGGCAGCUGCGGCGCGAGCGAGGACGAGGAGCCCGGCGCGUCGUCGCCCGACAGCACGCUGUCCAGCCUCAGCGGCAAGCGGGGCGCGCCGGGGAGGAGCGGCGGCGGCGGCGGGGAGCUGGAGCGCGCCGGGGCCGGCAGCGACGACGAGGACGACUCCGGCGCCGCCGGUGGCGCCGCGUCGCGCAAGAAGCUGCGCCUGUCAAAGGACCAGUCCGCCGUGCUCGAGGAGAGGUUCAAGGAGCACAGCACCCUCAACCCCAAGCAGAAGGCGGCGCUGGCGAGGCAGCUGGGCCUGCGUCCGCGGCAGGUGGAGGUGUGGUUCCAGAACCGGCGAGCCAGAACGAAGCUGAAGCAGACGGAGGUGGACUGCGAGUCCCUGAAGCGCUGCUGCGAGACGCUCACGGAGCAGAACCGCCGGCUGCAGCGGGAGGUGCAGGAGCUGCGCGCGCUCAAGCUGCUUGCCCCGCCGCCUCCGACGCCGGCUCACCUCUACAUGCGCGCGGCGCCGCCGCCGACAACGCUCACCAUGUGCCCUUCCUGCGAGCGCGUGGCGCCGUCCGGCAAGCCGGCUGCGGCCGUCGAGAGCCGUCCGGCACCCAUCGGGCCUUGGGGCCCCGUCCAGAUGCUGCCCGUGUUCGUGGGCAGGCCGGCCCAGAGGUCAUGA